AUGUCCACGUCGACGCCAGGCGAGCUCACCGAUGCCGACUGGGCAUCGGUUCCGCGCCAGUUCCGACUGGCCAUGAUGGAUUUGCGCAGGGAACGCGACAACGCUCUUGCUGAGUGCGACUCGGCUACGAAAAGGCUUGCGCGCCUCCAGCAGGAUUAUCUCACAGUGCGCGCCGAGCUACAUCAUUCUCAUGCCGACACGGGAGGCGCACAUGGCGAUGACAAACGCGUCGUCACAAUGCAAGCAGAAAUUGCAACGCUGGAGGCGAAGCUGCGCGAGGCGUGCGAGGAGAAGGAGAAUGCCGUGAAGCAUAUGAACUCAAACGCGAAGGCGGCUUUGGACGGCGAAAGGGAGAGGAUGAAGGUCGACGCGGAAAACAGGGAACACGAGAUGGCGACCCGACUAGCACAGGCCGAGGCGAGUGCGCGGGAGGCGACACAAAAGCUUGAGCACGAGAGACUGGCUGCCGAAGAGUGUAAGCGUCGUCUGGUAGCGGAGAGGGAUAAGGCAUGGGCCGAGAGGGACAAGGCUAUACCUGAGCGGGAGGCUGCACCCCAGGGCUUAGCAGCCAGAGAAACGAAUGCUAGUUCAUCGUUGCUACCACCGCCUCCCGACGACUUUAUGGCGACGAGGUCUUCGCUGCCUCCUGAUCCCGAGCCCGGGCUUAUUGACGACGAUAUCGACCCCAAUCUUCUGGCCCCUAUGCAGGAACCCUCAAGUACCACCCCCACCAGCCAACCUUCAGCUCCACCUCCCCAAGCCGACGUAAUUGACUUAUCGAUGGACAGCGAUGAUGAGACCAUGGCCCUCAUCUCGCCGCUUCGUGCUAAAACAACGACGCCUUCUUCAGCGGUAGUUAUCAAGAGCGAGCCCAGGGCUUCGCUUACACCCAUAGUGUCGUCCAAUGCGUCUCCUGGCCCAGGACCAUCUACGACAGGAAAUCGCGCAAAGAACGUCAAGCGCUCUGCAGCGGACAUCGAAGACGCCGAGCCACCCAACUCGGCGAAGCGCGCUAAGAAACCGCCCGGUUCAACCGUCGCAUCCUUCGACUUCGGUUCUACGAGGAAACUACUGAACGCCGUACCGCUGUCUCUCAACGAGCGUGUGGCGAACAUAGCGGCAAUCAAACUCACGCAGAUACCGUCCACCAAGCUUCCCUCAGCCACCAAUCCUACUGUAGGAUGGGUGAAGCGCGAGCUCCUCGAGAAGAGGUACUCCGCGUGGCCGAUGAAGAUGAACAACAAGCUGGAACGCAUCCCUCUCGCUGAAGAUAUGGACGUGAUGGACAGGUACCCGGCGCUGUUCGCACGACUCGACAUGAACCCUGGCCUGCCUACCUACCCAGGUCGACCAGGAACACUCAUCUGCAGUCGCCCGGACGUCGAACUCGGUGUUCCCCUAUACCUUAUCGUAGCGUCGCUAAAGUCAACGUGGUUCUUCGUCGGUCAAGUUGUUCUCCGACAACAUGAGCAGCCCGUUACUCCGAAGGAAUGGGCCGACAUGCCUACCCUUACUCGCAACGAAUGGACGAAGCUGCUGACCAAGAACUCGCGAUUCGAAGCGUAUCAACGCCUAUCCCUACGAAUCUCCCUUGCAGCCAAGAAGAAGCGCCCCGUCGAUGCUGAGGAUGUUGAUCGCGCGUUCGAGAAGUACAUUGACGCCAACAAGCCGAAAUCAAUGCUCCCGACGAAGGAUCAAGUGUUGGACGCCUUUGAUCGCGGAUGGGCGACGCUGAACGUUCUCGUUGCGGAACCUGUCUCUGUCAAUGAAGCGCUCUACGAGGAGAUCUGGGACCGUCACCUAGCCGGCGACUACUCCAGGAACGACAGUGAGAGCAAGAAAACUAAUACUGUCACGGAGCCGAAGAGGAGGAAGAAGCCGCCAGCGUCAACACGUAGCCAGAGCGUGGCUAGUACCUCUGCUUCAACCAUCACGACUGCGAGCGUGAGACGCAGUACACGUAAGGGUCGGCCGACACGUCUGCUUGUUGACACCAGCGCAUCCGGAUCGGAUGACUUCGAGGACGAUGAGGAGUCGGGCGGAGAUCGUUCCGAUUCUGACUUCGAGGACGUAGACGAUUAG